AUGGAGAAGCAGCAUAUAGCUCCAGAUCACAGCGGCACCACAAAGAUACAGCAGAACAAGAACGUCGAGUUCAGGCCGGAUGAAUCAGGAGCUGGCCUAAUCCAUGCCACUGGCGGGAGAAACAGAAGGGUGCGGGAGGACAGCGAAGGACAGAAAGCCAGGGGACACGUCCCAAACUCGACAGGAACUAGUGCAGGUAUUACGAUAUUAGGAGUUGAGGUUGAAGGGACGAACAACAAAACACUAAUCUCAAGACAAAUGAAACAGGAACAGAUGGAUUGGCCACCGAUAGAAUGUGAUCAGAACAAGUAUAUCCCCAAAGAGAACAACUCCAAACCGAAGAUGGGGAGGCCACCGGAAAACAAGAGGGAUAAGAAGGAGGACAAAUCAAGGACGAAGAUCCGGUCCGGUGAAAUCGUGGAGAAUACCAGCCAAGGCCGACUCUCUGUAAUGGUAAGGAUCAGGAAGACACAAGCACAAAUCACAAGCAGAAUAUAUAUCUCCAGAAAUAAUCAAAACGAGACUGACAAGCACCCAAUAGAUAAAGGAGGCCAGAUUCAGGGAGCCCUGAGUCUGUGCAGAAGCAAGGAAGAAGUGCUAAGGGGGGUAUAA